AUGGGUUGGAUUGCCUGCCUGUUGAUCGCUUCCAUUUGCGCUGCCACCACAGCCCGCAAUGCCGAGUCACAGGCCAACUCAUGGCUGAUGAGCGACAUCCUCAGCUACGUGGCGGAUGAUUCCAGUGCGUGCGACAACUACUACCAACAUGCCUGCGGCAAGUACGCGGAGCGACACAUCGACGAUCCCUUUUCGGAGAUCAUCCAGAUGCUGGACCACAAGUUAAACGGAAACCUAGUCCAGCUAAUGGACGAACUGCACCAGCGCUCCCAGGCACCUGCCUUCAACAAGUCCAGCGUGGAGGCCAAAACACUGCGUUUCUACCAAACCUGCCGUGAAGCUCCACAGAGUACACGCAAGAUGCAGCACUACCUUAGACUAACUUCUCCUGGCGAGGCAAUCACAUGGCCCCAGUUCACGCCCCGCGGCAAGCCCUGGCCCAAGGAUCACUUCAAUUGGAUGAAGGCCUUGGGCCACCUAUACCGCUACGGGCUUACCAAUGUUCUGAUGAACGUGUUGGUCAUUCCGAGUGUUAAUAACACGAACCAGUUCAUACUGGACCUUAGUAUGCCCAGUCUUGAAGGGGACUCGCAGCACCUGGGCAGCUUUCUCAAUACCCUCGCCACUCUUAAUGCCAUGGGUGUGCCGACGAAGAGCUCGAUACCCCUUGCACGGAAGAUCAGAAGGCUGGAGACCAACAUAAGGGUCCUAACCGAAGUGGACGACGAUGAUAAUACCGAGAUUUUGACUUUGCGCCAGUGGGAGUACCAAACGGGCUACGCGUGGCAGGAUUUCAUCGAGUCCAUAGUUGGCCACAGUGUCUCAAAUCGAUACUUGGUGCAGACCCAAAACGUAAAGUACUUCACGGCCCUUAAGCGCCUGAUGGACUCCACAGACGCCGAGGUGGUGGCCAACUACAUUAUGACCCGAUUCGUGCUCUACCUCGUGGGUGACAGCAUGGAAAGCAGUGAGCCCAUCGAAUGCGUCAAGGAUGUGCGACGCACCAUGAACCUGGCAUCGGACCUGCUCUACAAGGAGCGCUUCCUUAAUCCGACGACCCUUCAGCAGUACACCCAGGAAGUUACGCAGAUCUUUGACCAGUUGCGUCGGCGGUUUCUAUUGCAAAUCGGUGAGAAUCGCCUUGGGCUGACCAGGGAGCAGUGCAGAAUGGUGGCCACCAAGGCUCAGCAUGUCGUGCUCAACAUUGGCAACAUGCCAAAAGGACGUGAUCAUCGUAACUUUGUCAGCCGGCACUAUGAGGAUCUAGUGUUUCCACUCGCUGAUUUCGACUACGCACGGGAGCAUCUUAACCUGUUGGAGUUCCGCACCAGAAAGCAGGUUUUACAACUCGACCAACGUGCUCCGAGUCCCGAGGAGUUCUUUUACAUGGCCGAACCCGACGUGGCCAUGAGCUCCAGUCCCUACUAUCUAACGCGGCAAAACGUCAUCGUGGUGCCACACGGACUUCUGCAGGAGCCAUUCUUUGCGGCGGAUAGCCACGAUGUAUUCAAGUACAGCCUGCUGGGAUUCGUCCUUGCCCACGAGUUGAUGCACUCCGUCGACACCACGGGUCUUAACUUUGACAGUUACGGGAAUGUACACGAAAUCGGCCCGCAAAUAUCCAGUUCGCCGCGAUUCGAGGAGGGACUGGAGUGUCUGAACCGGAACAAUACCCAGUAUCUGGACGAGCGCAUUGCAGACAUUGCCGGACUGGAUCUGGUCUAUUCCACCUACUUUCAGAGCAACUUGCAGAGGAGUCAAACCGAUUUUACCACCAUUCCUCCGCAACAAAUCUUCUUCCUCAAUCUGGCACAGUUCUUCUGCGACGACAGUGAUUCAAUUAACUUUGUUGACCACGACAACGACCAGGUGCGUCUGCAUCAAAUGCUCAAUGGGUUCGCUCCAUUCCACCAGGCUUACGGCUGUCCAGCAAAGAGCAAUCCGCCCGAAAAGUGCCAGCUGUGGUAACAAGUUCCCAGUUCCGACCGAUUCAACUUGUCCUACAUUACCAAAAUAAAAUGUGAAUCGGAUCUUUUGAUACCCUUCGGACAUGAAUCAAAAAUCUGUCUUUAAAAAUCAAAAUCAAAUUGUAUAUAAAACUAACUUAAACAAUAAAUUAAAUGUAUCCGAAGUUCA